UCCAUAUCAAUUUUUGAAUAUUGGUCAAGUAUUUGUCCAGAACCAAUCUCAGCAAUGAUUUUUCACUACCAGUCUUACAUAUUCUGAGCCAUUUUUCGUUGAUUAGUCCUCUCGUCAAUUCUCUAAACCUUCUGUGGUCAUUAUGUUUGAUAUAGUUGAUGCUACAUCCAAAAUUUGUUCUUCAAAUUCAGGACGUUGUUUCGACGCUUCGUUGACAUUCAAAUCAUCGGACAACACUUUAUUGAUACUUUUUUUUAAUAAAGCCAUUUCAGUGACACCAUUAUUUUUCAUACAUAUCCAUAUAUGUUCCCAUGUUUCAUCCUCAAUCGUGCAUCUAGGGUAUUUCGUACUUGGAAUUCCCCAUACUGCUCUUUUCCAUAAUGUUUCAUACGUUGGAAGUAAUUUAAGAAAGUUUUUAACGCGCCAAGUUCUAAUUGAAGCGUCAUUUCUACUUGUAACGUUCUUUGAUGUCGUCACUUCGUUAUUAAUUAGUCUAAAGCUUUCUUUCCAAUUAAUAAAAAUAUUAGCUCCAUUUGCUUCAAUAAAACAAUCUUUGUCAUAAUCCAAUAAAAUCACGUCGAUUUUUGUAAUAUUAUUACUUAAUCCCUUAAACCAUGACCUAAAAGCUCCUUCAAUUGGAACAUUAUUCCAACAUAGAC